AUGGACAAGCUUGUGCUCCUGCUGCUGCUGCUGCUGGGAGUCUUCCCUUUCAUGUUCUUCCAAGGAGUGGCGCCCACCACAUUGUGUAUGGUCUGCAAGGUUUUUAAGAAGGGCAAGUGUCUGGAAGGCAACGACACCUGCACUGUGGAGGAAGGCCCCGGAUGCAGAACCCGGGAUCUCUUCUUUGCCCACGUGAGAGAUAAGUGGCGCUACAACCACACACAGCUGGACUGCUCGAAUGAGUGUAGGCCUUGGAAGUUGUUUCGCGGGGACCUGAAGGUUUCAAGCUUUUGCUGUCAAGGUCGAGAGUUCUGCAACAUGUAUCGAGGAAAAUCGCUCUUUUGGAAGUCGCACUAA